AUGGGUUCCGUCGUUCUGCCGCACUUGGUCACCGGCUGGCACGUCGACCAGGCUAUCAUGUCUGAAGAAGAGCGUUUGGUCGUCAUUCGCUUCGGUCGCGACUGGGAUCCCGACUGCAUGCGCCAAGACGAGGUGCUGUACCGGAUCGCCGACAAGGUCAAGAACUUCGCCGUCAUCUACGUCUGCGACCUGGACCAGGUGCCCGACUUCAAGCAGAUGUACGAGCUGUACGACCCCAUGACUAUCAUGUUCUUCUUCCGCAACAAGCACAUGAUGUGCGAUUUCGGCACUGGCAACAACAACAAGCUCAAUUGGGUGCUGGAAGACAAGCAGGAGCUGAUCGACAUCAUCGAGACCAUCUACCGCGGCGCUAAGAAAGGUCGUGGUCUCGUUGUCAGCCCCAAGGAUUACUCGACUCGCUACCGGUACUAA